UCAGACAAAACACAAGCAGCUUUGAGGUGUCACACUUUCUCCUGAUAUCCACCAACAGAGAGGCACUCGAAGCCAGAGCAGCGUUUGUUCAGGGGCACAGAUCAUCAGUUUGCUCAUCAGCUCUGUGGAUAUUUCAGGCCUCCACAAUAACUCGAGGAGACGCUUUGAGUGGAGAAAAAAAGAUUGAAUAGACUUUUCUAAGAAGAUGGCACUUCGGCAGAACUCUGACAAGGAGCCAACCAUCGAGUUGUUCAUUAAGCCCCGCAGGUAUCCUCAUCUCAGCCCGCUGAACAAAGAGUCCUUUGACGUGGGCGCUGACAUUUUUGCAAAGUUCUCUGCUUUCAUCAAGAACAGCCCAAAUAACGCCUUGCAGGAGAAAAAUCUGCUGCGGGAGUUUACACGUCUGGAUAAUUACCUGAACUCGCCCCUCCCAGAGGAAAUCGACCACAACUCCAGAGAAACAGUCACCGUCUCCAAGAGAAGGUUCCUGGAUGGCGACCGCCUCACCUUAGCCGACUGCAACCUGCUGCCCAAACUGCAUGUUAUCAGGGUUGCUGCCAAGAAGUAUUGCGACUUUGACAUUCCCGCCCAGUUCACAGGUGUGUGGCGAUACCUUCAAAACGCCUACGAGAGAGAGGAGUUCAAACAGACUUGUCCGGCCAACAUCGAAAUCGAGAAGGCUUACUUAACCGUGGCCAACAAGAGGAAAUAAACGUUUUCUUUGACUCUCUGUAAUUCAUGUCCUGUUUUUCCCAAGUGUAACCGUGCAUUCUGAUCUGUAGAGGACGCUACAACCUCCAAAAGUAAACUGUGGCAAUCAACAGACAGUACUGACCUGUUGUUGAGCAAAAUGUUUUAUGGGUUUUAUGUAUUAAAUAUUUAUCUGUAGUCGCCCACAGAUAAAUGGUAUUUUUAUGCCACGUUGAAAAGGCCAAUUGUGCAAUUGACUGUUGAUGUAACUUAGAAUUUUUGUUUAUAGUGUAAAUAUAUAUAUUUUCAAUACUUUUAAUGAUCAAGACACCCUCCAUGAAAUGUAUAUGAUUAUGUUAGAUUGAGCAGCACCUUCACAAAUGGAACAUUUUUAUAUUAAACAUCAUAUAAACCUUUUUAUCUUAUUCUGUAUAAUGAAAGUUUGCAAUUGUGUCACUGUCACAAUGAUUAAAA